AAAUGAAAUUUGAAGAGCUGAUAGCUUAGUUCUCAGUGUCACAUCCGUUGCCAUAUAAAGCCGAAUUCCGAGCAUUCGAGCAGCUCAAACGGAGAACGGAGAACGGAAAGCUCGCGAUGCACAAACGGAAGCUGGAUAUUUGUUGGUCUCUGAACGGAUUGCUACUGUUGCUGCUGGCAGCUCCAUUGCACGGCUUUAGCACUCAGUAUCGCGGCAAUACGCAGCAUCCCACCCGAGCGGAGCAUUGCUACUAUGCGGAACUGGAGCUGGCCGUGCCACGGAAUGGCACCGUCUUUCCGGUGGAUCGGCUGGAUUUCUGUGCCCGGGUCUAUUGCCGUGAGGACUAUGUGCUCAUGAUCAAGCACUGCGAUCGCAUGCAACUGGCCGAUGGCUGUCAUUUUACGCCCAGCGACUAUACAAAACCGUAUCCGGAUUGCUGUCCCACGCGUAUUUGUUCCGGCGCUUGAUUCCCCCCAAACUGUUGACAAAAUCUUCCGGACACGGGCUAUGCAUAUAUAUAUAUAUAUAGAUAUAGUACCUAAGCUUGUCUAUAAAAAGAACUUCUUUUCAAAUGAGUGCUGCAUUUACUUAUACAGAUUAUUACAGUCCUCUCCGUUCCCAUAAACUAUAUAUAUGUAUAUAUAUAUUCCUGAUCAGUUCGAGUCCGACUUGAAAAUUUGCAUUCGAUAACAGAUCAGUCGAAAGCCUAAACUAAAUAAGUAGUUAAAACCUUCAAAACAAGUUUUCCUGGGACUUGCAUAUUUAACUGGAGGAUAAAUAAUAAACUGGAGAAUAGUAGAAGAGGAAAUAUAUUUCUUCCCUAAAACUCAUCAACGGAAAUAAUAAUAAAAAUUUAAUUUAAUAGACUAAAAAUAAAAGUCAGGAGAAUAUUCGCUGAAAAGAUACUAGGAAAAAAUGGUAUGUUUUUUUUCUAAUACGAU